CUUCCAUUGUCUUCUGCUGAACCUUUGACCCCGCACCAAUGCACAGCUGACAUGUGUACUUGUAUUACUCAGAAAGAUACUUCGGUCCCAUGCGCUUCGAUUUAUGUACAGUCGACUUGCAACUCUAAGAACGCUAUUGAAUUCAAGUAAUGUUAUAGAAGUUUCAAAAGCUAGAAAAUUGGAAUUGAGCUUGCCUUCACAGAGCACAUCCUUGCCAGCCUUGUGUGACCAAACAACGCCAUUAUUUCCCCAGUGAUAUGGUAUCUGGCACCAAGAGCUCAUUUUCUUCAAGGGGAUGAAGUGCUACUCUAAGAGCAACAUUUGCCAAUAGAACAGAGACCAUGGCAAAGAAGAGAAGUAUUGCCUACUUCUUAUGGUUAGUAGGUGGUUGGUUUGGACUUCAUCAUUUCUACCUUGGAAGGGACAGACAUGCAUUUGUUUGGUGGUGCACAUUAGGCGGAUUCUUUGGACUUGGAUGGCUCCGAGAUCUCUUCUGUAUCGGGCGUUAUGUUGAUACAGCAAACGAUGAACCAUCUUACGUUGAAUACUACACAGAGCUCUUAAGAAGGGGCAGGUAUCCAUCUUUCAGUAUAUCCAGAUUUGCUGGUCAACUCUUUGUCAGCGCAUUCUUUGGAUUACUUGCAACCUCUGCAGUACCUAACGAUGUCGCAGAUGUUUUCCCCAUCCUGCGACCUCUUCUUGCCCCAUUUGCUGUAGCCCUAGGAGUGCAUUUGGUUGGAAACAUUGGCAGAGAGGAAGGGUCAUUGAAAAAUGCUCUUAUUGGAGCAUAUAUACCAGGUAUUCUUCUGUAUGCUGACCCCAAUAAUAUAGUGUAUCUAUCAAUAUGCAGUGCUGUUUACUUCAGGAAGAGUGUUGCCUAUAGGCGGACACCAGAAAGAUGGAAAACAGAAGGCAUAUGUGAAAGGAUAGUUAUCUUAGGAUUAGCUGGAGCUUUAGUGUGUACUGCUUGGGGCUGUGCUAUAUAUUACAACAUGUCUGUGACCACUGCCGAAGGAGAGACCAUCUAUGUGAAGGAUGCCCUCACACAUUUCUUUGAGUCACCUGCCUGGAAGGACUUCAAGGAGGUGAUUGGACAAAUCUGGAAGUUGAUUCAGGAGCGAGGUUGGAAGGAGGCUUAUAAUGAGUUUGUUGAAGCCUUGGAUCCGGAAGGAGAAGCUGCAGCUCAUAAAACCUUAGAGUUAGAGGAAGGAGCAACCCAAGAAGAGAUCACUCAGCGAUAUCGUAAACUAGUGCGUAAAUGGCAUCCUGACAAACACAAAGGUGAGAAGAAGGAAGAAGCUUCAAUUCGUUUUAUGGAGAUACAGGAAGCCUAUGAAAGACUGUCAACCAUCAACGCUCGCAGGGCUAGUCAUAGGAAAGAACAUAGCUUCGAAGAUGAACCAAGAAGGUAUUAAAUAUUAACAAAGAAAGCAUUCAAAAUUAGUAAAAGGAAAACAACCGAAGGAAAGCUCAAAGAAAUGCAAUAUUCAAAUAAUAAAUAAUUUCAUUCUUUCAUUGAGCUUACCAAACAAAUAAAUAGCUGUGCCUUUAUAGAAUGAACCAAUGGGGUUUGAUGAAUUCAAAUAGAUCCGUGAAUUCACAAAUUUUAAACUUGAAAAGAAAAUCAUGUAUAAUGAAUAAAAUUUUUAUGAUGAUGAUGACAUAAAUGGUAUCAUCAUGUAUAAUUUUUUUAUUUUUAUCUAAUGUUCUAAAUGUUGUAAAUUAUCAGUCUUGUAUGUCUUGAAAGAUUUUCUUCAAAACUGUAAAUUUCAUUUAUGCAAUAUGCCACUUUCAUAUAAAAUCACGAUUUUUCAAUGUUUACAGUAACAAGUAAGAAUACUUGUAAAUUCCAUGUGUGAUAGUACUGCUCAUAUUAGAAAUUCCAUUGUGAUGAAAUAUUGAUAUAUAAAUAAUUUGUGAUCUUUAGUUAUUAUAUUUCAUUUGUUGAAUUAAUAAGUUUCUAGUGCUUUUAUUAGUUUUACAUGUAUAUUUUGCCAAGAAACAUUCCAAAAAAGUCAAUGUAUCAAUGCAUUGUCUAUCAGUAUAUUAAAAAUUAUGCAUAGGCAGGGUAAGGUUCUUUUUAUUAAAAAAAGAAGAAUUACAAAUGUACAGAGGAUAAGUCACUCUGAUCAAAGAGAUUGUUGGGUAAAUGAAUAAAAAUAAAAACAAAUUACUGCCUUGAAUAUUUUUACAUUACGAGUUAAUCUUAUAUUAAGUUGUUGUGCUAUCACCAAGCUCAGUUUAUGAACUUUAUGCUUACUACCUCCAUCUUUUGGAUGUCUGUCAUUUAAUGGCAUGGUUUGACCAAGCCAAACAUGAACACUCUUAUGGCGUCUGAUCAUUCUAGGUUUACUUGUGAAAUUGGAAGCCAUUUUAAUGAUCCUCAUAUGAAGUCAGAGGCUCAUUUCAGCCUUCUUUUAACACUAAUAGUUUCUUAUUAAUUCAAUUCAAUAACACAUAUAUGUUUCACUGCAUGUGUGAUACAACCACAUUAAUUUGAGUUUCAGAUGGAUACAUCCCCAACCCCCCUCACACUGUUCAUGGGCAGAUCAAGUACAGGCAGUAUAAAACAUGGUCUACUUGGUGUAAACUUGUGGAAUGACACACUUGACGAAUAUCACAGUGGGUUUUAACCAAAAAAAUGGUCAUCUGAUAACCCUGAUUCAUUUAGCUUGUUAUGUGCUAUCAUUUACAAGCCACCAAAAUGUUGGAACUUGAUUAGUUAUUAAAAGAGCUCAUUACUUGUUCCAGCAUUGUUAUUGAUAAUAAAUUUAAUUAAAGGGGGCUACAGUAUUUGAUUGCAGAAAAGAAAUCAAGGCUGUGAGAGUACAAAUAAACAUCUUGAUUAUCACACAAAAAACAUGCUUGUACCAGUAUGUAUGAUUUUUGCCAAAGACCUGUUACUUUAUAUUAUGAAUAUGAUUAUAAUACAUUUCUACCUUCUUGUAAAAAAAUAAUAAGCUUUUGAAUAUUCAAACAAGAAGAGACCAAUCCUACAAGUUCUUACUUGUUUAGUACAGGAAAGUGCCUAAUGUAAUAGUAUAUUCAACCCUGGAAGGGGGGGGGGGCACUUCCAUUGAUGAUUGGAUACCAUGCACGUCCAUGGGGUUUCGGAAAGCACCCUAAACAAGUAUUUGCAAUGUUCUAAAAAUAUACCCUUGACAAGUAUUUCCUUAAUUUGACCCCCUAAACAAAUACAGCAAGAUUUUAAUUGUUGUCACGGACAUGAUCACAAACGUCUAAUUUACCUUGGGUUUAGUAACUCCCAUCCUCCCACACCUCGGUCAAUGCAAUCGGACACUAAAUACGUAGUAUAAAAAGUACAUCCUUUACAAAGCAUGUUAGUCUAUUUAUACCCACUCAAAUUGGACCGUAAACACAGCUUUCCUUGCGAAAUAUAUACCUUUUGUCAGUAUUUUGGUGUUUUUGACACCCUUUAUUACUCUUCAAAAAGAGAUCCUUUUUACGCAUCUCUUUUGACACGCAUGAUAUCCACUUGUCAAUGGAAGUGCCCCCCCCCAUACCCCCUGGGUAUAUGUAUAUUUAUGAUGUAGAGGGUGUGUGUCCAGGGUAUUAUAUUCAAAGUAGAUAUAGCAUAAAGGAAAUCAUAGCAUGACAAUCAGUUUAUUAAGAAAAAUUAGGGUGUCAUACUGGAACAUUUUAGCUAGUAUAUGCCAACAUACAUAGGCCAUGACAAGCCAUUUCCUUGAUCCCUUUUUUAUAUCAAGAAUUGCCUGUUAACGACCCAAAUGAUUCUUCAUGUAGUGUUUGAAUUGAUAGUUGAUAGUGUUGUUGAUAUCAAGAAUGGAAUAGUUGAUACAGUAUGGGAUCAAAAGAGAAAACGGCUGGGCACACUCAAGCAGGGACGUGAGUGUUGUAUACACUUGCUACAUCAUCAAAGUGUGACAUCCACUUUAUUAAUCUAUCAUCAAUGUAAAAUAAUAAUAAAGAAUACAUACAUAUAUGCAUUGUAUAUCUGUUGAAUACAUUUCAGCCAAGGUUCUUAAGACUCUUGACUAUAUUUGUUAUCUUCUUUGGGUUGAUAUUGUUACUUGUUUGGAGAGUGAUUUCUGGACCAGUAGUUUGAGAAUUUGUGAAACAAAUUAUUGUAAUUAUUUUAUAUACAUAGUACUACUCUGAUAUUCAGGAUUUUAUUCUAAACCUAUGCAUACCAAAGGUGGAAAGUUUUUCAUGCCAUUUGUAUAACGUCUCUGUAUUUCAGUACUUUUUUCUUAAUUGGGGCUCAUAUUACCCCCCAACCCCCCCCCCCCCAAAAAAAAAGGGAGAAAGA